AUGUUUGAUCUCGCAUUUAAUGUUUUGAUGUUAUCUGUGUAUUCAUCAGCAUCUGUAUCCAAUACAUUAUUUAACCAAGAUGGUUGCGAUGAUCACAGUCGAAAUCAUUUAGGACUUAAAUAUGGUGAAUAUCCAGGUAUCGGUGAUUCAGGUGAAAAAUCAUCACACGAAUCCUUGUGUUUGAAAAGGCCAUCAAUCAGAGGCAAACGUGAGAAGACAACAGGAGAUGAGAAAGAAACAGAAGAAUCCCAUCAUUCACCAUCUAAGAAGAAUACGAAAAUAGCACACGAACAGAGUACACAGAUUACAGAAACAGAAAGAAGGACAGUUGUGAUGACUACUGACAAGGAUGGUACCGAUACGAAAGAAGGAUCCUCUGAUAAAUCCAAGAAUGAAUCAGAUAAACCUACUGGUUCAUCAGGUGCCUGGUAUUCAAGGGCUCUUGGCGCAGUUGACAGUUUGUGGAGUAAAUUCACAGGUUGGGCACGGCCAGAUAAAUCAACAGAAACAGAAGAAAAGGGAAAAGAGGAAGAAGAAGAUAAACCGGGUUUACCACAAAAAGAAACAGCUAAAGAUGCUAAAGAAGACACACAAAAUGAGGAUGAUAAAGAAGAUUCAUCACAUGAUGAUGGAGAAAAGAAAAAGAAAACACCUGACAGUUCAACUGAAUCGGCAGAGUCACCAGACUUGAUAGAAUCAACUGAUUCAACUGAACCAACAAAGCCAACAGAACAACCUGAAUCAUCGAAACGUAAAAUCAUGCCCAAUCCGAACACAGAGGAAACUAAACCAUCAUCAACAGCUGUACUACCGAGGAGAUCAAAAAGAUUAUUCGGAAAAAUGAAAGCUAAAGAACCAGAGAAGAGCAAUAAACCUACUGAAAAUCCAAGAAAAAACAGAAAAUCCAAAUCAUCAAAGACAGGGGGCGGAUUGAAUUCUGGAACCGGCAAGGCACAAUAA